AUGGAAGCCUCACCCUCCAAAACCCAGCUUACCAACUCCGUUCUCGCUAUCCUUGGAAUCCUUGGAAACACGAUGACCAUUCUAUUGUUUUUCCAUGACAAAAAGCUGCUGAAAAAGUCGUACAACGCUUUCAUUCUUUGCCUUGCUAUAGCAGAUAUACUGACUUCCAUCCUAGUAAUCACGAGCCCCGGCUUUGGUCUUGGUGACCUUAUUGCUCGACCAACCAGUCCAGUUCUGGGUGAGAUCUAUUGUCGAGCGAUUUGGAGCCGAGUGUUUGUCUUUCAACACGUUUUUUUUUCUGUCUACAUCACAUUGCUGUUGACAAUAGAGCGGUGGGUUGCUGUCGUAAAGCCUGCUAAAUAUAACGUCGCCUUCAAGGGAAAGAGAGUUAUUGGCUACAUCUUCUUUUGCUGGAUCUGGUCAUUUGGUCUCACGGGAACGGGUAUAUUUGAUGCGGUCUAUGAACCGAGUUCUUCGUCCAAUGAAAUCUGCACAUUCAAAUUUAUUUCAUCAGGCUCUAUCCUCCGCAUAUCCCUCUCUGUGUUCAUUAUUAUCAUGAAGAUGUUCUUUCCGUGCCUUUCCAUGAUUGGACUGUACGUACACAUGAUCGUGAAGACAAACAACUCUCCAGUGGCGUCCGCGGAGAGCAAAACUAAACUACGAGGAAAGAUGACAAGAAUGAUUGGCAUUAUGACUUGUAUUUUACUCAUAUGCUAUUCUCCAAACCAAAUUUUUCUAAUCUUUGCAAUUGCAGGAAAAGCAAAAAUAGAUUCUACACUCCACCAUUUCACAGCAAUCCUCGCAUUCACAACCAUUUUUACUAACCCACUUAUUUAUGGACUAAGCAACGCUAAUUACCGCAAGCGCUACAAGAUGGCUUUGUUCUCCAUGUGUCCAAAACGACUCGGGGAAGGCGCCCAUGUUCCUCUGAGGGGACGAAGAGUUAGUCCUCCUCCAUCAGAAGCAGCAGCAACAUGUCGAUUGACAGUUUUCAGUAAUUGAUAGUUAUUAAAAGGAAUUAGUUUAUUCCAAGCCAAGAACUGGUUCAUGCUUAGCAUGAGUAUCUCGAGUUAUGUAUGUUAUAUAUCAAACACGAGACGCAAUGUUUCAUCACCAGAUGAAACAUCAAGAAGCACAGCGCAGUAUUUUGUCGAACUUCGAGGUUUUUCAUCUGGUGAUGAAACAUUGUGUCGAAUGCUUAAUAUUACUUCUCAAACAAAAUGAUUUUAAAAGGAAAAAUUGAGGAUGGAAAAAAUAAGUAUUUUUUCAUCUGAUUUCCAAACACUCAUUAAACAUUAAUUUCCUUUGUAUUUUUUAUGAAUUAUUAAUGAGUUUGAGAAGUGCACAGGAAGUUUGGGGAGUUCGAGGGAUCCGGAAGUGGAAGCUUGUUGCUCGAGGGGCAGUCGAGACAGCCUAUGAUUGCUCUCCAAACUUCGCAAGUGCAGGAGAAGAUCCUGUAAAAUUUUAAGCCUUGUGGGCCAAGGUCAUGUAAAUAGCAUGUAAAUAUUGUCCAAACCGUGUAAAUAACACGUAAAUUACAGAAGAGAGACUACCUAGACCUUGCAAAAACCCGGUAAAUCAAAAUAGAGCGAAUUUGUAAGGCCUUAGAAACCCUUUAACUAAAAAGGGGAACUCACUUGACCCUGCAAAACCCUGUGAACUGAAAAAAGGAGGCUGAUUUGUCCAUGUAAAUGGAAAACCCUGCAAAACCCUGUAAAAGGAAAGCUGGUUUGGCCAAAAGCUAUCAUAAAUAUUGACUGUACUAUAAGACCCUGUAUAUAUCACCGCUGUGUACAUGCAAGUAGAUAAAGACAGGAUGUACAGUGAUCUAGAGCUGGAGAAACUAGGCAGUAUGAGAUGUUCAAUUCAAGAAGAAAUUUUCAUAUACUGCAUGUACUACCAGAAAAUAAUUUAAACGUUGUUUCAUUUCUCUUGUUUCUAUUUUUUAGAUUAAAAGUUAGUUAAGCGAAUAUUAACGUUAGAAGCCGACGUUUCGUUAUCAUCAUGACACCAUUCUCAAGGCAAAAUGAAUAAAUAAUGCGAAGAUUUGAUUUCUAUAGUCUCUACAAAUUAACAUAAUAACAAAGGAUCACAAGUUCUUCAAGUGAAUACCUUGGCACGAAUCGAGUCCGCCUGCACGUUUAGGGAUGGUUUGAGUUUUCUUAUAAAGAGCAUAUCCUUAAUUAGGCAAUCAAAUUUGUUAGAACCUUUAGUGAGCACGUGAAAUUGUUCUGAAAGAAAAGGUGGUACGUCCGAGUUAUGUUCGCUAAGAUAAUGUUUACAAGUGCACGAGAAGAUCCUAGUUGAUUUUAUUUCAUAGUGUUUAUAAAUGGACCCUUGUUAUGGAGACUCUUUGGAGUGUUAUAUGUAAAGACUUGGAAAUCACGCAAUAAAUUUCAACAUGAAGGCAAUGAAAUGAAUCAAUUAUCUCUUAUUUUCCAUUUAACAAACAGUUUUCCUUUAUCAUCAUCCCUCAGGAUGACUGACCGCUAUGAAAGAGACAGGGAUGGUAGUUAGCGGACAUUUUUAAAGGCAAAUUUGUGCCUUUGAAGCGAAACAAAAAAAAUAAGAUUUUUGACAAGUGUAAAUUUCGGAAACACAUUUUACACAUAUUUAAGAAUAAAAACGACAGACACAACACAAAUCCGGCGUGUAAUAUACUUAACAAAUAGAUUCCAUGUUGCCGUGCGUCUGUUCAGUAAUAGAUCACAGAUGACGUCAAAAUGUGGUAAAAACAAAGAAGUGGCACACGAGCCGCAGGCGAAUGUGUCACUUAUGUUUUUACCACAUUUUGACGUCCUCUGUGAUCUAUUACUGAACAGACCCACGGCAACAUGAAAUCUAUUUGUUUUAUACAAUGAUCAGAAAAGAAAAUAGACCGAUACACAUACCUGCCUAGUACCGCUUGACGGUUCGAGGAUUUGUGCUAGUUUUAAGGCAUUUUUUAAGUUCCAAACGCUAUUUUUCGUCUGUGCUUCUUCUCUUUUCUUUAUCGUAUUUGUAUACAGUUUCUUCGAAAAGUUUUUCAACGCCUUUUCUUGCUCAAAGCAGAAUAAUGGCGAACACAUUUUGCAAAACAGCGAGUCUCCCGUAGCCAUGACACAUGAUGGCAACUGUUGUGAAGAUUUCUUUUCGUUUACGCAUUCUAAAGUAGUCAAGAGCUCUUUUUGUCUCUGGUUCUCCAUUUUUCCUCUUUGUAAAUAGCUCCCGCUAAGCUUUUUUCGAGGCUUUCACUAGCUUUGAUCGGAAAUAAUCUCACAAACAUUUCAAAACGGCGCGCCAUGUUGAACAAAACAAAGAAAACAAGUUUUCCCCGACGUCAUCCAUGUAUCUGUACUCUGAUAGAUCAUGGGCAACAACCAAUCACAGCGCGCUUAGCAUUCACAUCAUUGUAUAAACUUAAGCGAUAUCUGUGCACUUGAAAAUAUCAGUUUUCCCUCCUGAGAAUCUUAAACAAGACCACUACAUGUAACGAAAAGCAUCCCUGUCUCAGCCAUGAAGCAGUCUUAUCCCCUCUUCCGAUGUUUAUUCGCAUGUUCAAUUCAAAAGUACAGUAGGUCACCGGAGUACUUCUUUUAGAAUCAGUUUUUGUCAUUUGUAACUUCAAUUCACAAAAACGGAAAUAGCUUUGUCAUAAGUAACUGGAAUAUGAUCCUCUGAGUGAGUGCAGUACUGAAGAAAUGCGGGGCUUUUUGUUAAGUGUGACCUACUUUUUGAUAAUCUGUGCGGGUCAUCUUCAAAUGAGUUUCAUCUGGUCUUUCAAUUUGACUCUUAAGAUGACUACCGCACACGUUGUCGAAACGUCGGUCACUUUCGGGACUACAGUCACCCGGACUAUCACAUUCCAUCCACUGAUAAAAUGAUUCCUGGGUUCAAACCACUCUCUGAGAUAACGUUAUUAAUAUGAGUAAUGUGCUGGUCUUUUUGUCUCCUUGUAUCAAUGACAAAACAAUUUGUAUAUCAGAGAUGUUUUAGUCCGCCUUUUGCGAAGGAAUCUCAUUAUCUUGUGGGGAAUACAUUACCGCCAAAGUAGACAUAGCCUUUUCUCUUUAUCUCAUGAAUAAAAUGCCAAGAAAUCUUAUUAGGAGAUGUAAGGCCCAGUUCAGACGCCGCUACACUCAUGUGCCGAACCUAACUGAUGAAUUAAGUACGGCAUAAGAGCGGCGUCUGAGUCAAUUUGGUACGGCAGUUUUAGUUUGGUGCGGCAAAAGCGAACUUAACUUAGGUUCGACACACGGUACGCCGUCUGAAUCAGUUGUCGCGCCAGUGUCGCUCCAAAGUUGAACUUAUUCAGUUAGGCUCGGCAUAUGAAAAGUACGGCGUCUGAAUCAGGCCUAAUUCACAUGCAAUUUUUAGCUGGUUUUACCGGCUUGACAGGUUUUCCCGUUAUUUUUAGAUCAAUGAUGUCAUAGUUUAUUUUAAGUUGUGUGCGUCAUGUCCUUAUGUGAUAUAAUUACAUACGACAUCGACAGAAACCUGCCCCAUCACAGGGCAGGGAAAAAUAAUUCUUUGGCAUAUCGUCUUACCCACGGAAACGAGAAAGAAACUCCUGAAUUUCUCUGAAAAAUGUGAACAGCUUACCUACGCACAUAUUACAAUAAUUUUCCUCCGUCAAAUCAUCUUCUAGAUUUUCUUCUACGAUAAAUAUUAUAUAUUCUGAUAUCAACAAAGUUGACCUUUGAUACCAUAAUUUCUAUAAAUCUUAUUGCAGAAUGGUUUAGAUAAAUCUUACAGCGAAAUGAUGUAGAAUGUAUUAAUAUAUACCGAUCCUGAACAAGGACAAUCGAAAGGAACCUAAUAGACCUUUUUAUCGAUACGGCGGCCAUGUUGAAUUAAUUCGAUUUAAGGAGUAUUAUAGGAUGCCCAGGGGGCGUGAGCACAUUUCGUUUGUAUUUUCGAGCGCUUUUCGGGUCAUUUUUUCUUAAAGUUUUCUUAGAAUAAGAUUGUAAUGGGAAAAAAGAUCCCUGUGCCGUGUUUGGAUGUAAUAAUGAUCACCUUUUUCUAGUUUAGUAUUAGAAAUAUGGUCUUUCACUGUACAUUUCUCGGGAAAAAGGCGAUCAUUAUUACAUCCAAACACGGCACAAGGAUCUUUUUUCCCAUUACAAUCUUAUUCUAAGAAACGUUUAAGAAAAAAUGUCCCGAAAAGCGCUCGAAAAUACAAACGAAAUGUGCUCAUGCCCCCUGGGCAUCCUAUAAUACUCCUUAAUUCGAAUUUUUCCUCCAUUUACAUUACAUUGCUGUUAACAGUAGAGCGAUGGGUUGCUGUUGUAAAACCUUCUAAUUAUAACUUAAUGUUCAAGGGAAAGAGACUCAUGGGUUACGUCUUCUUCUGUUGGCUCUGGUCAUUUGGUCUCACUGGAACAAACUUGUUUGACGUCGGCUAUGAACCAAGUUCAUCAUCCAAUGACAUCUGCAAAUUCAACUUUAUUUCAUCAGGCUCUACCUUCCGCACGUCUCUGUCUGUGUUCCUUAUUAUCAUGAAGUUGUUCUUUCCAUGCCUUUCCAUGAUUGGACUGUACAUACAUAUGACUGUGAAGACAAACAACUCCCCAGUUGCCUCCGCGGAGAGCAAGGCCAAACUACGAGGGAAGAUGACAAGAAUGAUCGGCAUUAUGACCUGUAUUUUACUCUUAUGUUAUUCCCCAAACCAAAUCUUCUUUAUCUUUGCAACUGCGGAUAAAGCGAAAAUGGAUUUUACACUUCACCAUUUCACAGCAAUUCUCAACUUCAUCACUAUUUGUGUUAAUCCAUUUCUUUAUGGAUUAAGCAAUCCUAAUUAUGGCCGGCGUUAUCGAAAGGCUUUGUUGUCGUUUUGUCCCCAACCGAGAAGAGUUGGACCUGCCAUGGAAGGAUAAAAUAUUACUGACAGUAGACGCUAAUUACGAUUUAUUUUAUAACCACCAAUGAAAUACCAGGUGAGCUUCCUCGCGAAAACAUGAAAUCGUCUGACGUGAAAAAUUCCAUCGUCGCUUUAUAUCUACCAGAUAAAUCGUGCCUUUCGCAACCAAAAAAAAUUAAUCGCAGCAAAAUUAAAAAUACAUUAAAGUGAAAUGGUUUGGACUCUCAUUGGUGUUUAUGUAAUAAGUAAAAUCCCUGUGUCUCUCGUUUAUUAUGAAUUAACAUUGCUGGGGUAGUAACAUCUCAGAAUUAGAAUUCUUUUCCCCUUGGGAUUCAUAAUAGUCCGAGGCAUCGUGACCAGGACUCACAACUUCAACUUCGCCUUCUAAGUAACUCAACUCUCCGGACCAGUUUAAUUUUUGGAAAUUGUACAUUAAGGCAAAAAUGGUACGUCUUUAGAGGGAACAAAAACCAAAACUGUCAAGUUUACUAAUCGAUAGAGUCCGCUGAACUCUAUCCAACAGACGGAAAACACAGUUUUCGAUCUUCUUGUUAUAUUUCUUCUUACGUUUCUCAGUGUUUUUAUUAGGUACGUGCAAGGAGAAUUUUCUUUUGGAAAAGAUCCUUUUAAUCGUUCGUCUUAAAAUAGAACUACAGACUUUAAUUUAUCGGCUGGCCAGCUAUUUUACUAGAUGGCUAUGUACUUAUUAGCUAAGUGCAGAUCAGUAUAACUGAAUUUCGAUUAUAACAUCAUUACUUGUAAAUAUCAUAUGAAUCAACUAAAAUCACUGAACAAAUGAAAUAUUACAGAAAAAAUGUAGUUGGCUAAUCUGUUAGGAAGUACUGUGAAAAUUUGGUAGAUAGUACAAAUAACUUGAAAAAAACGUGCAGACAUCGAGGCCAACAUCCUGUCAUCCGAAUAGCGUAUUGCAUCUCAACGCUGUAAAUAACUUGUAAAACGAGAUUACUUCGACAAUGUAAACAGCCCGUAAAUCGAGAAAUAGGGACUGAAACUAAAUAUAAUACGACACUGUAAAACCUCGUUAAGUGUAAAAGGGUAGUGGUUUGAAUCUGGCCUGUAGAACAUGUAAAUACUACGUUAAUCGAAAAUGAGCAUUGAUUGGAUCCUGUAAAUCUCUGUAAAUUAAAAUAUGAGGAUUGGCGUGGCCCUCCAAAAGCCACUAAUAAAUGUGAAUGGACUUAUUUGACUAUGUAGAUCGAACACUGAGAGGUCUAAUUUCUUCCUGUAAAAAGUAUGUAAAGUGGCAGGCUGGUUUAACCAUAUAGAACCCUUUGAGAAUAUUUACAAGGUCUUGUAAAUACUCUAAAGAUCGAAAAAGGGAGUAUUUGAUCCUGUCAAUUCCUGCAAGCUAAUAAAGGGUGGCUGGAUUAACCGUUUAAAAAUUAUGUAAAUCGAAAAAGAGGGAUUUAUCCUGUUAUCCUGUAAACAGGUGAAUCUGAGGCCCCGUAAAUAUCACCGACGUGUUUAAUCACACAUGUCCGAUAUACACAAACGGAUACGAUUCGUCAAACUGAUGGUCCAUUGGUACCAAUGGUACGAUUGGUACCAACAGAAAAUGAUGUCAUUCCAAUGGUUCUACUGGUGAAUAUGCAUCUCAUUAAGGGGACUUAGAUUAAUUUCCUAUGUGACCUGGCUGGGUACAGGGCAAUUUCCGAUGGUCCAUUGGUACCAAGAGAAGAGCACAUCAUUCCAGUGGUUCUAUUGGUGAAUAUGCAUCUCCUUAAGGGGACUUAGAUUAUUUUCCCAUGUGACCUGUCUGGGUACAGCGCAAUUACGAUGGUCCAUUGGUACCAAUGGUUCGACUGGUACCAAUAGAAAAUGAUGUCAUUCCAAUGGUUCUAUUGGUGAAUAUGCAUCUCAUUAAGGGGACUUAGAUUAAUUUCCUAUGUGACCUGGCUGGGUACAGGGCAAUUCCGAUGGUCCAUUGGUACCAAGAGAAAAGCACAUCAUUCCAGUGGUUCUAUUGGUGAAUAUGCAUCUCAUUAAGGGGACUUAGAUUAUUUUCCCAUGUGACCUGGCUGGAUACAGCGCAAUUAAGAUGGUCCAUUGGUACCAAUGGUUCGAUUGGUACCAAUAGAAAAUGAUGUCAUUCCAAUGGUUCUAUUGGUGAAUAUGCAUCUCAUUAACGGGACUUAGAUUAAUUUCCUAUGUGACCUGGCUCCAAUAGAAAAGCACAUCAUUCCAGUGGUUCUAUUGGUGAAUAUGCAUCUCAUUAAGGGGACUUAGAUUAUUUUCCCAUGUGACCUGGCUGGGUACAGGGCAAUUCCAAUGGUCCAUUAGUACCAAUGGUUCGAUUGGUACCAAUAGAAAAUGAUGUCAUUCCAAUGGUUCUGUUGGUGAAUAAAGCGAGGUCGAAAUACAAACAUGCCAUGUGUAUUCUUCGUUCUAUAAGCCAUCUAUGCAAAACAAGUUCGCUUUUACACAAGGUAGAAACGUGCUAAUAAUUAUUAUGAAUAUUCCUCGUUCUAUAAGCUAACCACGCAAAACAAUUUCGCUCUCAUACAAAGUAGAAAGGCGCUAAUGGUUAUUAUGAAUAUUCCUCUUUCUAUAAGGUAACCACGCAAAACAAUUUCGCUUUUACACAAAGUAGAAACGCGCUAAUAGUCACCGUAAGCCCCCCCUCUCUAUUAAGCCCCCCCCUCCCCCUCCCCCUCCCCCAAUCCUUAUCAUUCACAAAAAAAAUUAAUGAUUAACGUGAACUGAUCAGUUAUGGUUUAUUCAGGCUGAAAGUUCAUAUUGUUUUUGGUCUUUGGCCGCAUGACCUCCAACUUCAUAUGCUUAACUUUCUCAACUUUGCGCUCUAGUUCUCUGUGGAGAACAUUUUUGAAGAAUAAGAAUUUUGUUUUUGGUACUUUUAGGCUCCCACAAGUGAAAUAAAUACUUUUGACAGUGACUUUAAUUGUACAACGCGUAAGUCUACUCUGUCUCAUACCACGGUAUUUUUGCUACAGGUGAUGCGUUUUGCUAAAUUAAAUAAGCCCCCCCCUCUCUUUUAAAGGGAACCUCCACUCUUACUACAGAAUAAGUUUAAAUCGAAUAAAAUUAUGUUGAUAAACAAAUUUGUUCGAAAUUUGUCCUUAAAAAAAGUGUUUAUAUCAGAAAAAGUGAAUUUUAAAAUCGCUUAUUUUCACUUUCAAAUUUCGCGGGCGCCGCCAUCUUGAAUAAUUGUGACGUGUUACGGUUGCUCUAUUCUUGGCUUGCACUGUCACGCAAUGAAAAAUAAAAAUGCAAACCAUUCAAAACAGGACAGGAAUCUGGAAAUGAAAAAAGAUAAAUAUACAAAAACCCUUGCCAAGAAUCAGGUCUGUGAAAUAUUUCAAAUGCGAGAUAUUGGGAAAAACGGUUUACCUAAAUUUAUAAAGCUUUGUAUGGAAACGCCAUGUUGGUGUCCCUUUCAGGAACACCAAUAUGGCCGCCGGAUACCAACAGAAACAUCUGUUUUCGAGUUUUCCUACUAAUGCGUGAAUUCUUCGCUUGAGGAACUCAUACAGAUUACAGUAAUAUUUAUUCUGAGACAAGAAAUGUUUAGAUUGCAAAAUCUCCCAAAAUCGGUUAUGUUUUUAACCCACGUAAGAGCUUUCCCGGCCGCCAGCUAAAUGCCGCGUCACGCAAAAGCCUGGAAAUUCAAGCUUCCUCUCUCGCAAAACGAAGAACCCUUUCGAACCAAAAUUUUUUUUAUGUGAAGUUGUUUACGUACUGUAAUACCUCGUGAAAGUAGAAACUCAGAAGAAUCGAUAGUUUCUUAGUUUGAUUUUUGGUGACGUCACGUGCAACCCAAGAAUUGUUCUGACACAAAGAGCUUUUGUUUAAUAACAAUAGGGCAACCAUAACACGUCACAAUUAUUCAAGAUGGCGACGCCCGCAAAAUUUGAAAACAAAAAUAGGCGAAUCUAAAAGUUAUUUCUUUCGGAUACAAACGCUUUCUUUAAAAAUAUUUUAGAUUGACUUGACUGUAACAGUUAUUUCCUGUGAUUUAAAGUUAUCUUUUUGUUGAAGUGGAGGUUCCCUUUAAGCCCCCCCUCAAAAGUGCUUGAAAAAAAUAAGCCCCCCCCCGGGGGUUUAAUAGAGGAUUUACGGCAUUAUGAAUAUUCCUAGUUCUUUAAGCCAACCACACAAAACAUUUUCGCUCUCACACAAAGUAGAAACGCGCUAAUAGUUAUUAUUAAUAUUCCUCGUUCUAUAAGUUAACCACGCAAAACAUUUUCCCUCUCACGCAAAGUAGAAACGCGCUUAUAGUUAUUCUGAAUGUUUCAGUCGUUCUACAUGCCAACCACGCGAAACAAUCUCGCUCUCACAAAAAGUAGAAAUUCGCUAAUAGUUACAAAGCGAGGUUGAACUAGCGCUAAUAUAGUAAUUGCUAAUAGCGAGGUUGAAAUGUGUAUUCUUCGUUUUAUCAGCCAUCUAUGCAAGCGGCUGGUAGUUUCUUGAACGAAGACCGAAGCACGAAGCACCCAAAUCUCGAAAACGAAACACCCGAAAUUCAAAGCCUGUGUGCACUUUAAAAACACAAGACAGUCCCUUGUCAAGUCACUAAUGCCAAUACUGCAGGAAUCAAGCACGAUAGCGAAUGGAACGCAUUUCAAGACAUUUGAUCUAAGUCACCUCAAUGAGAUGCAUAUUUACCAAAAGAACCAUUGUGAGAUCUAUAUUCACUAGUAGAACCAUUAGAAUGACAUCAUUUUCUAUUGGUACCAAUCCUACCUUUGCUACCAAUGGAGACCCUUCUUAUCACCAAUAUAACACCAAUGGAGUCUAUUUGUGAGUAUUGGACAACCCUCAAAUGAUUAUACAAAAAGAAGCGUACCUCAUAGAUAGAGGCAAAACCCUGUCACCAGACGAUCUGACCCGAAGGAAUGAACAUUGAACUCUUUCUAUUUCUAUUUUUAUUGUAAAACCAUAAUCAUUUUGUUAGCAGAAAUAUUGGCCUAUAAUAAAUCAGCCCGCCGUAUUGCAAGCCCUGAAUUCAGUUUUGUUUUAAUAAAUUGUGUUAGUGGCAGAGUUCAUGUAAAUUUAUACCUUGACUUUAGCAUGGCCUACCCCCAAAAGUGAUUUACUUGCUGAAGGAAGCAAAAUCCGGGUUAUGAUGGAAAAAUAUUCGCUGUAAAAAAGAAAAUAGCUAACAAAAUUAGUAGUUAACUGAGAAUUGACCAAAAAAAUAGCAGUUAACUGAUAUUUGGCUGAACAAAUUAUAGUUAACUGAGAAUUGGGUACGCCCAUUAGCACCCUCCUUUAACUCUCGAUUAACUGGGGGAAACUAGACUCAGUUGCAACUCGCUUGCGGGAAAGAGCCGUCACUUCUCAGCAGUGUAAUCACUUCUCACCAGUGAAAUCAAAAACUCAGUUCAAAGCAACUUACUUAUAUAUGAUUUGAAUAACCAGUUAAGGACAAAAGAGUACUGACAAUAGAUAUGUAAACAGAAAUCAUUUAGAGGUAAAUGAAAAUCAAAUAAAAGAGAGAGUUAAAGCUUGUUAGCUAGUGCUGCUAUUUUGAAAAAGUAAAAGGACUGGAACAAAGGCUAGCUACGUUUGCUAGGUCAGCAAAACAGCGUUUAUGGACAGUAUUUUACAACAUGAAUGAAAUUGCAAGGUCCGCUAGGGUCUGUUCAAACAGGAAGAAACGCGGACUAAUUACUAGUUUCCUAGUUUUAAAGCAAAACAAAUAUAUUUCGAAUUUGCAACUCAGUAAAACCUUUCAUAUCCCAAACUCAGCUGUUGCCACUAUUUAACCAACAGACUAAUGAACGUUUUUUUUAGUUCGCAAAUACAUAUGCCAUUUGGGUAAAAUGAAUUAAAACGAGGUAUAUCUUUAAAAAUGUGCUAAUGUGAACGGAUGGGUGCUAAUGUGAACGGAUGCCGUGCAGAAUAAAAAGAAAGCUUAAAUUAAAAGGUAAACUAAAGUUUUAACUAAAAUAGCCAUUAUUCUGAAAACUAAUGAUUUUUUUCUAAAAGUCAACAAUUGAAGUAAAACGUGUCCAGUUGAAAAGAGUCAGUGGCAAAUAGUUUUGACAGCUGCAAACACUAUUGGCUAUUUCUAUAAUUAUUGCGUUAACGAACACUAAGUAAUCAAACAAUUCAAAUAAAAUGGCACGAGCCUUUUUCCGGAGCUAAAACCGCUUUAUGCGAAUUCAGUAUAAAUUACUAAAAACAACGUCAAAGCGAAAACCGUAAAAUUCCGAAAAUAAGCCCCGGGGCUUAUAUUUUUCAAAGGCCAUUUUUGAGGGGCUUAUUUUUGGAGGGUCUUAUAUUCGCAGGCGCUUAUGUACGGAGGGAAAUUUGCGUUUAAAAAUCGAUUGGGCUAGCCUUAUGGUUGGAAGGAAAUUUACCGUUUUCCUUUGUUUUACUUUGUAUUCGAGGGCAAUUUCCAAGUACAAGCCCCCCGGGGGGCAUAUAUUUGGAGGGGCGAUUUAACGGAGGGUGUUUUGUGUCACGAGUUUGGGGGGCUUAUUUUUGGAGGGGCUUAUACAUGGAGGGGCUUAUUUUCGGAAUUUUACGGUAUUUGAAAGCUUUAUAUGAAAUUCGGGGCAAAUAAAGAAUUCAUGGAAAAUCUCUCCUUGCAAAAGUGGGUCCAAUUGCACAAAUGUCAAAGUUCGUCCACCAACGGUGUAAUUUUCAUUCUUUACAGGUGAUUAUAGGUGAAUUUUUUUUGGCCAAAUGACGUGUGAACUUAUAAAGUACGUCAGCAAGUAGACUUAAAAGUUGUAUGUUAACUGGCAGUUCAAAAUCACUAAACCUCAACUGCCCUAAUGGACGAUCUACAACCUUAUUUUAUGAUUGCCUGAUGGCUAUUUUGCCAAUUUUUCUAUUAUAUAAAAGCGACUUAACUAUACAUGGAGCUGUUAAAUUCAGUUGUCUGAGUUAAUUUUUUAAUGUAUUCUUCAGUUGCAGACUGAUGAUUGUGUAAUGGGGUUUACUAGGUACCCUAAAAAAUCUAAUUGAAAACUUUUCUCCGGUUAAAUACGUUAUAUGUUCUUAGCAUUUAAUAUGAGAAAAUCAAUUUCAGCUGCUGAUCACAGCAAGUGCGAUUAACAACUUCAUUUAGCUAACGCUAUAAAAGCCGAGGAUUUUCAGUAAAAUGUCUCUCUUAUUUUUUUCUUCUGUUCUGACCGAAAAAGAAUUAUCCGGGCUUAAUAGAUUUUCAUCACAUGACGUGGACUGGAACAAAUGCAUGUUUGUAGAACAUGUAUAAAAAGCUGAAGAUGAAAUCAUUUUGGAGCCUGAAGAGGACAGUCAAUCCAUCCAGCAGGUGAGUGUGUGGCGGGAUAUAUUCCAGUUCAAUCAGCUUUAGAUGAAAAAAAAAAAAAAAGAAAAGAAAAAGAAAAGAAAGAAACUAUUUGUUUACUCUUCACUCCGAAAUGUUUUCCGGUCCACUCAGCCGAUUAAUUCACGUUUCCUCACAAUUUUUGUUACCUUUUCUAAAUUUAACUUAAGCCGAACAUGUACUACAAAGUUUUCAGAAAAUAUAUAUGCAUGGUAUUCUGUUGCGUGCAAAGAAUAUAAAUUAAGAGGUAAAAUGAUAACCUUUAUCCAUGUGAUUAUGCUUUAUUCCCCUCUCGGUAGUAUUGAGAUCGGAUCAAAAUUUUCUCAUGAUCCUCCAAGAAACAUUCAAUUUUUUAUUUCGUUUCAGUCUCAAACGGGAGAGUCUACGAAGACCUCACGACGACGAAUAAUUAUUUGUGCUUGAAUUGUUAAAGGGGCUCUUUCAGGCCAGCACAAUCCAUUGUAUAGUGUUUUUUUUCGCAAUUACUCGCUCUGUUUUUCUAGGAGACUUAACUGUGGAGAAGAAAUUAUUUGUACGUGACAAAAUCACACCUUCACGACCAAAAAACAGGGAUCUCGAGAGUUGUAUUUAAAUUACCAAACAAAAGAGAUGGAUUAUUUAAAAAAUGCUGGGCUGAACACUUUUCAGAUAACUUCAGUUGCGUUCUUUUCACUCUUCAUUAAAUUUGUACAUCCGUGCCUUCUUAACUGAAUUUGUUGUUUACUUCAAAUAUUUCUUUACCGUUUUAUUAGCGUUUAUUUUUUAUAUUUCGCCCAUUUCGUUUCCAAGUAGCUAAAUUGUGCUAAACUUUGUAAUACAAUUCUUUUAGGAGCCUCGCCCUCAGUCCAGUAUUUCUAAAAUUACGACUUUCAGAAGUUUAAAAUUUUCUUUCUCUAUCCGAAGAAAUACAUUUAAUUAGCUUUGGCUUGUGAGUGUUUCACCUUUCUUAAUUACAUCUGAGAAAAUGAUUGAAAUUUCACAGCAUAAUGUUAAGGAGUGGCGUUAAUAAACUUCGAUCUGUUUAUAUUUUAAAAUAUUUAUUUGCUGAAUUUCAAUUCUUUGGGGCGCAGUUCUUUUAAUAUGUUAAAGUUGUUAAAGUUAAAAGAAAAGUUAUUAAAAGUAAUUUUUUCGGGGAGGGGAGGGGGGGGGGAGUAAUUAAAUAAACAUUAGGCAUUAGAAGUCCCCUUUUGUCAGUAUACUCCCUAAAUUAAGAACUCCAUUUCUAACUGUAAUAUAAUCUUCUAAUAAAAAAUGCGUAUGCGCAAUUGUUCAUGGUCAGUUUAUAUAAGUGUAAAGUUACCAAAAACCUCUAGGUAACAAAUUACAAAAAAAAAAAAAAAAAAAAAAAAAACACUUCGUCCGGGGUUAUAUAAAAAUCAUAAUCCCCAAAGAAUCCUACUUUCCGCUUCCAAAAUCGGCUAACCGGAUAGGGCUUCUAUUCAAACACAAGAACGGCGAUUUUGGCGCGAUUUCUUCAACGGAGCGAAGCUGCGUCGCGCCCAUGUCGAAAGUGAAGCGUCACAUAUCGAAUAGGGUUUGCAUGAGCCAUACUUUGGUGCAGUGUGAAUAUCACUCCCGUCGAGGAAGUAAAUAAACAGCUUCUUCAACUUUCAACUUGUAUUUAAAUUCGGAAAUACAUUACAAAAAUACAUUGGGACUGGCCUGCAGUUACCGAGGCUAUUCGAGGCAGACCAGGCUACAUAAUUUACCACGCAUUGGAUAAAUACAAAGAAAUUAGACGUUAUGUAACUAUUUAUUUUACAAUAAAUAAACACUAUUCUACUUUAUUAAAUACAAGGAAAAUAUUGGAGUGAAUUAUAAAAACAAAAUGAAAUGAAAAUAAAGGACAAGAGAAUUACUUUUUCAUUUUCACUAUAAUCGUAUCUACAUCAAUUUAGGAGUCUUCAUUUUGCAAUAUAUCGAGUAGCGUUGCUUUUAAUGAUUUUUUGAAAGUUUUUUCCGUUAUUUUUUUUUAAUUUGAGGUAUCCUGUUCCAAAUUUUGACCCCAACACGCAAAAAAGCAUUUCGUUUGACUUUGAGUCGAGAUUCUUUAGUAUAAAAAUGUUCAAAGGUUGAAGUAUUGUAAGUAUGAACACUAGAAAUUGGAGAGAAGAGUUCAAUAUUUUCCGGAGCAGAGUUUCUAUUUACAUCAUGCAUAAGACUUCGAACGGAUUCAUAACAUAGAGCCUGUAAAGAUAGAAUUUUGCAUUGACAAAAAAAAUGUAUUGGGCAUGCGUAGUCAUUUGUUUCAGCAAAAUAUAAUAAACGCAGUGCGCAUUUUAGAAGGACAAAAACCGCCUGCUUAGUUGGCUCAGUUGGGAGACCGCCGGUCUGCAGCUGAGUGGGAGGUUACCGGGUUCGAACCCCCGGCGGACCAAUACUCAGGGUCUUUAAAUAACUAAGAAGAAAGCGCUGCUUUUUUAAUGACAUCUGCAAACGGUUAGACUUUCUAGUCUUCUCGGAUAAGGACGAAAAACCGUGGGCCCCGUCUCACAGGAAUAACACUUAACUAGUUCUUGUGCUGACCUAAAAGAAUCCACACCACAGUUUGAAAAGAGUAGGGGACGUAGACCUCGGUGUUGUGGUCAACCUUCACACAUCACAUCAUUCACAUCAUGGGCUGGGUGGGUAAAGUAGGCUCAUGAAUGGACUGAGGGCGGCUAGCAGUAGCGCCUUUGUAUGCUGACGUCCGAACUUACUGUUCACAUGUUAAAAUGUAUUGUAAGAGGGUGCGUCUGUUGUCCUCUCAUCCACGACUCUUCAUUCAUUCAUUCAUUCAUUCAAGAAUUUGGUCAAGGAAAGUUUUACACGCGUUGGCCCAAGAGAUAAGACCGUAAGUUAGAUAAGGUGCAAUAUUAAUUAGUGACUGAUAAUUAUUUAGGAGAGGGCAAGUGCGAGCAAUAUGCCUUAAUCCCGCAAUAAGCCCGAUUGUUUUUACUUGUUUUGUUUGCAACAGAGUGAAUAUGGGUCUUCCAUGAUAGAUUUUCAUCGAUUAACAGAUAUUUAAAAAGUUUUUACAUUCAAGAGUAACCUUUUUAUUGCUUUCAUUGUCAAAAAAGUUAACCUGAGGCUUAUAUAUAGUUCGGUUUUUUCUGUAUGGACGAAAAAUUUCAUAGUUUGAUUUUUUAUUAUUCAGGGAAAGCUUAUUUGAAGUUAGCUAGUUAUGCUUUGACUGUAAGUUCCAGUGUCUUUAAAUCUUUAUGAGCAUGGAGGGCGUUAGUGUCGUCAGCAAAAAGGAAAAAUUGAAGUUUGCUCGAACAAUAUUUGAUGUCAUUUACAUAAAGCAAGAAGAGAAGUGGACCUAGGACAGAAGCUUGAGGUACGCCGCAAGUAACAUUUAGUUUAGUUAAUUUUAAUAUUCUCUUUCAGCUUGUGCUAACAAAAUUGAACUGUUUUGGUGUUAACCAAAAGUUGAUCACGUUAUCAAGUCAUGCAAAGAGCCUAUUGGUUGAACUGAAAGCGUUUGACCUGGAGCUGCAAAACGUACAUGUACUUCGUCGCCGACUAUGGACUAGUGUUAUUUACAUCAGACGCUUCUCUAACUUUUGUCGAUAUUUUUCCUUUAGCUGAGACCAUUACAAAUUUACAAGUUGUUUGUUGUUUUCUGCGUUUUCAGCCAUGAUUUGAGCUUUAAAAAUGCCAGCGUGAUUUUUUUGAUAGUCGAUCAAAGAAAAACGGCGCGAACUUUGCAAUGGCUUCUCGAUUUUGAUUGGCUGCCUAUAUCGCAUGAAUGCCUGAUCCUCUCCGCAAACUGCAUCACAAUGCCAGACAAAGUAAUAAUAAAAAAUGCCAUGUCUCAAACUUCAAUAUGCCAAUGAGUUCUAGCCAAACAAAGUAGCAAGCAAUGCUUCUCACGAGUGAGAGAAAUCAGAAACCGCGGAGUUUUUGUCAGCGUAAAAGGGGUCUAUGCUAGAAACAUUUGCUAAGAAAGUAGACGUGGAAUAAGAAAUAAUUUUGAGGCUUAUGAACGCUUUCCAAUUUUCACCCAAAACUAACACUCCUUGUAGAACUUAGCGCUAGCCAAACAGAACAAUUAACAGUAAGGCCUAGGCCAAACGUGGAACUUUUCAUGAGACGAACCAAACUCUAAUUUGGAUGACCAAAAUUAAGAUAAGAUCGCCUGUUGCGUUAGAAAAUCGAACUUGACGCACGUCGAACCUAACAACUCAAUCAGACCAAAAAGCAAUUUUAAUAAAUUUCCUCCCGAAAAAAGCUAAACAUACAUUAUCACACAAAUGCUUAAUUUAUUAGGUUAGUUCGUCGUAUGGUGGGGGAUGUGAAGAUCAAAGUUUGUCCCUGAGAUGAUCUUUAAACGUUCUAUCCCUCCGAAGCAGACGGAUAGAACGUAUUGGAAGAUAUAAACUCAUUUAGACGAACUUUAACUGAGCCAGACGUCGAACUAUUUUCAUGAACUUAAUUCACUAAGUUCGGUUCGUCCCAUGAAAAGGUCAAUGUUUAGCCUUGACCUAAGACAAGAUUGCCAUAAUCUAUACUCUUAUCGACCAAAGCCGACUAACGUCAGACGUUCUGCGGAAAAAAUGCUGAAGUUAAGUAGUCUCCCACGCAGAUGUUCUUAAGGGUUCGUCACGCGUUCGUUGGGCAGGAUUGCGUGACGAUCCAAAAGAACGUCUUAAGGGACGCUAGAAGAUGAGAUGAUUAUGUGCAGUUGUAUAAAAAAUUUGUGUCAAACUGUGAUUCCGCACAAUUCCGCAAAGCAGUAUUAUUUUCCUUGAAUGCACCCGAUUAAGACUACUAACGGAAAAUUUGCCCCGUAGAGGUUUAGCCAGAAGCACUGGCGAUUAUUGCAGCCUCUACUUCCACGGAUGCGUCGGCAUGAUGAUGAUGAUGAACAAAGUGAGCAUUACAUGCUAUAUCGAUCUUCUUUUCUACAAUGGAGGUCGAAAUUCUAGGCUUCUUGGUAGAACGCUUUUUUAUAUAGCUCUAUCACUAUAAAAAGCAAUCUUUAAUCGGCUUUAGGUUCAUCCCUUGAUCCCCCACAACUCUCCCCAGCAAUAAUGAGCCUUAAUUUGCACCUAUCCUGCACGAGAUUCAACAUUGUUCGGGGAAAGAGGGGCAGGUAACCUACUUUCCAGUUAUAUGAAAAAUUACGUGAAAGCCCCAAAAACCUCAGGCUUGAGAGAGAUUCCAAGUGGCUUGAUGGACAAGCUGGUUAGAGCUUUGCACUGCGAUAACGAUCAUGGGUUUGAAUCCAAGCGUAAGUUAAGUACGUGAUUGCGAUAAUCCUUUACUUGUUAAAUAUCUCCCGCAGUUUAAAUUUCAAAUAUUGGCUUUCGUGUCUUCCGGGGCACUGUAUAACGAACUCAUUAAAUGGACAGUUUCUGACUGGCUUGUUAGCUUAGCAGUAAGAGUGCUGCAUGAGUUCCUGUAAAUCCUGGUCAAGUCUAAAUUUGUUUUCUGGAUUUCCUUUCCCAGUUGCUUAAAUUGCAUGCGUAACCGCGAUGGUCGACUUUCACAUGAUGAAUCUUUCUCCCUCAGUUAAAAUAUGUGAAAUUUGAAAUCUUCUAAAAGUGAGUGAUAUUGACAAACAGUUUAAACAAAAUAUAAAGUUUUCUUAAUGUGUGCAGGAAAUUAAAAAAAUUGUGAUUGUUCUGGUAAUUUUAAUAACUAGAACUAGAACUAAUUUUACUAAUUUUACUGAUUACUAAAAUUAAUUUUAAGUUUUAAAAAACUUUUCUUCCGAUUUAGCAUCAGGAAAAGUAUUUUGAAGAUGUACUUAGUUACCCCAUUUUCAUUUCAGUUAAAAGCCGAAUAUUGUUUAGAAAUAAAUUUACCAUAGUAUGCACUCAGCCACGCACACAUUCAAAAAACAAUAUCAGCUUUUUUAUUACGGUUUCUUCAAGUUACAAUUAGUGGUGAGACGUCAGUCAAAGACAUCUGCAGCAUAAAUAUAUUUCGCAAUCAUAAAUCAAACAAUGGAGAAGUAUUUGAUAAUUAAAAAAUGCUGUUUUAACAUUUAAACCUUGUUUUCCCUGUCAUUUUAGAUGUUGGAUCUUUAUUCAGCAAAAGUCAGAAUAACAGAAUCAUCAGCAGCUGGUCAUUGAUUCAUUGCUGAAGAGCGUAACAUCAAUUCAAGGACUUCAAAAUUACGAUUUCUUUUAAUAACAGUUCGCUCCUCGACACAGUAAAUUCUAAACUCUACUGAAAAACCCAGGCAAUGGAAGCCUCACCUUCCAAAACCCAGCUUACCAACUCCAUUCUUGCUAUCCUUGGAAUCCUUGGAAACACGAUGACCAUUCUAUUGUUUUUCCAUGACAAAAAGCUACUGAAAAAGUCCUACAACGUUUUCAUUCUUUGCCUUGCCAUAGCAGAUAUGCUGACUUCCAUCCUAGUAAUCACAAGCCCCGGCUUUGGUCUUGGUGACCUCAUUGCUCGACCAACCAAUCCAGUUCUGGGUGAGAUCUACUGUCGAGCGAUUUGGAGCCGAGUGUUUGUCUUUCAACACGUUUUUUUUUCUGUCUACAUCACAUUGCUGUUGACAAUAGAGCGGUGGGUUGCUGUCGUAAAGCCUGCUAAAUAUAACGUCGUCUUCAAGGGAAAGAGAGUUAUUGGCUACAUCUUCUUUUGCUGGAUCUGGUCAUUUGGUCUCACGGGAACGGGUAUAUUUGAUGCAGUCUAUGAACCAAGUUCAUCAUCCAAUGAAAUCUGCACAUUCAAAUUUAUUUCAUCAGGCUCUAUCUUCCGCACAUCCCUCUCUGUGUUCAUUAUUAUCAUGAAGAUGUUCUUUCCGUGCCUUUCCAUGAUUGGACUGUACGUACACAUGAUCGUGAAGACAAACAACUCUCCAGUUGCGUCCGCAGAGAGCAAAGCUAAACUACGAGGAAAGAUGACGAGAAUGAUCGGCAUUAUGACUUGUAUUUUACUCAUAUGCUAUUCUCCAAACCAAAUUUUUCUUAUCUUCGCAAUUGCAGGAAAAGCAAAAAUAGAUUCUACACUCCACCAUUUCACAGCAAUCCUCGCAUUCACAACCAUUUUUACUAACCCACUUAUUUAUGGACUAAGCAACGCUAAUUACCGCAAGCGCUACAAGAUGGCUUUGUUCUCCAUGUGU